AUGGCAUACACAGGACUCGAGGAGGAGGACGAUGGUAUGGAAGAGAUCGAUCUCAACAACAUUGUCGAGGGUGGCCGCCGCACCCGCGGCCGCGUUAUCGACUUUGCGAAGGCGGCCGAGGAGAACCCUCCCCAAGGAGACGAAGACGAGGAUGAUGACGACGACUUCAAGGCUCCCGAUGAGGAUAAGGAUACCAAGAUGGACACCGAUUAA